AUGCAGAAAAGGUUAACAAUCCCAACCGAAUCGCUCACUCAACGCAUCGUCAUCAUCUUCCGUACCAUUCGGCAGCGCUUCUUCUGUACCUGCCUCGUCCUCAGUUCUGACGCCGACGAAUGUUCGGCCGAGGAGCGAAGAUGCUCUCUCUCUCUCUCCUUAACCAUCCUCAAAAGGCCUCCAACUCCCAAGAACGAUGCUUCUCGUGCAACCUGUCGGCGUUGGUCGUCCCUACGA